AAACAGUUUUACUAAGCAGAGAAAAAGAAGUUGCAUCUCCUUCUUCCACCUCCCGAUUUUUCUCUCCAAAUUUUCUGAUCCCCCCUCAAAUUUUCUCACUCACCACCAUUGUUAAUUUGUUGCUUUAAAACCCUUCCAAAGUGUUAUAUAUGUAUUCUGUCUCCUUUUAAGUGUUUCCUCUUAUAUUCAUUCCUUCGUUGAGUUCAUCGUUUCCUGAGUCUACGUUUGACAAUCACGGAAAUUCAUAAAGAAGGUUUGAAUGUUUGUGUCUAUGUCCAAGAUCGAUCUCAUCGGGGAAACCAAAUUCUUGUGAAUCUCGAGUCUCACACACCAUUAAAAGUGGUUACUGAUUUAUUUAAAAAGGAAAAAAUGUCCCACAAGGUUAAACCAUCUGUUCAGUCACUUAAAUCGAUGCCGGCGGACUAUAGAUUCCUUGGUUCACCACCACUCUCUGAUCCCCUUGAAAACUCCUCCUCUGGAUCAAGUGUUUCUGUGACCAUUCCACGAAAUGGUCACUUGAAGAAUGGGUUCAAGGGAACUAGAGAUUCUGUUGGGGGAGUGGAUAAUGGUAAUGAAGAUUCACCAUAUAGCGUUUCAAAUGGAGAUCCUGUUGUGCCCUUGCCUCAGAGUACUGAUCGCAGGUGGAGCGACACAAGCGUAUAUGCUCGGAAGAAGGUACUGCAAUUUUGGGUCCAACUUCCAUGUGGUAACUGGGAGCUGGGGAAGGUGUUGUCAACUUCAGGAGAAGAGUCUGUUGUUAAACUACCUGAGGGAAAUGUGUUAAAAGUCAUAUCAGAGACUCUAGUACCUGCAAAUCCUGAUAUACUUGAUGGAGUAGACGAUCUCAUGCAACUAAGUUACUUAAAUGAACCAGCAGUGUUGUACAACCUUGAGUAUAGGUACAACCAAGACAUGAUCUAUACAAAAGCAGGGCCAGUUCUAGUGGCUGUGAAUCCCUUCAAAGAGGUUCCUUUGUAUGGAAACAGCAACAUUGAAGCAUACAGGAAAAGAUCAAAUGAGAGCCCUCAUGUCUACGCUAUUGCAGAUACAGCAAUCCGUGAAAUGAUACGAGAUGAAGUUAACCAAUCCAUCAUUAUAAGUGGAGAGAGUGGAGCAGGGAAAACUGAGACAGCAAAGAUAGCAAUGCAAUACUUGGCUGCUCUUGGAGGUGGAAGUGGGAUCGAGUAUGAGAUAUUAAAGACUAAUCCCAUCUUGGAAGCAUUUGGAAAUGCAAAAACAUUGAGAAACGAUAAUUCUAGUCGUUUUGGGAAGCUGAUAGAGAUUCAUUUUAGUGAAACAGGAAAAAUAUCCGGUGCUAAAGUCCAAACAUUUUUACUAGAAAAGUCUAGAGUGGUUCAAUGUGCGGAAGGAGAAAGGUCAUAUCAUAUAUUUUAUCAGCUUUGUGCUGGGGCUUCACCGACUCUUAGAGAGAAGCUAAAUUUGACAAGCGCAGAAGAGUAUAAAUAUUUGCAACAAAGCAAUUGUUAUUCAAUUAACGGAGUUGAUGACGCUGAGCGUUUUCAAGCUGUCACGGAAGCUCUAGACAUUGUGCACGUUAGUAAAGAAGAUCAAGAAAGCGUGUUUGCAAUGCUUGCAGCAGUACUAUGGCUGGGGAAUGUUUCUUUCACCGUUAUUGACAAUGAAAACCACGUUGAACCUGAGGAAGAUGAAAGUUUGUCAACUGUUGCUAAAUUGAUUGGAUGCAACAUCAAUGAGCUAAAGCUAGCUCUAUCGAAUCGUAAUAUGAAAGUUAGAAAUGACACAAUUAUACAGAAGCUAACACUAUCGCAGGCAAUUGACGCAAGAGAUGCUUUAGCAAAGUCAAUAUAUGCCUGCCUAUUUGACUGGCUGGUUGAACAGAUAAACAAAUCUCUUGCGGUGGGAAAAAGGAGGACUGGCAGAUCCAUCAGCAUUCUGGAUAUCUAUGGCUUUGAAUCAUUUGAUAAGAACAGUUUUGAACAGUUCUGUAUAAAUUAUGCAAAUGAGAGAUUGCAGCAACACUUUAAUCGUCAUCUAUUCAAGCUGGAGCAGGAGGAAUAUAUACAGGAUGGUAUUGACUGGACAAGGGUUGAUUUUGAGGACAACCAAAAUUGUCUCAGUCUCUUUGAAAAGAAACCAUUAGGUCUGCUCUCGCUUCUGGAUGAGGAAUCCACAUUUCCGAAUGGCACAGAUCUGACACUUGCCAACAAGCUUAAGGAACACUUAAGUGCUAAUUCCUGUUUUAGAGGAGACCGAGGGAAGACUUUUACGGUUUCUCAUUAUGCUGGAGAGGUUACAUAUGAGACAACUGGAUUUCUAGAGAAGAACCGGGAUUUGCUGCAUUCAGAUUCUAUUAAGCUUUUGUCAUCUUGCUCUUGUCACCUUCCACAAGCCUUUGCUUCUAGUAUGCUCAUUCAUUCUGAAAAACCUGUUGUUGGUCCUUUAUACAAAGCAGGUGGAGCUGACUCUCAGCGACUAAGUGUAGCAACUAAAUUUAAGGAUCAACUUUUCCAAUUGAUGCAACGACUAGGCAACACAACACCGCAUUUCAUUCGCUGCAUAAAGCCAAACAAUGUUCAGUCUCCCGGGUUGUAUGAGCAAGGUCUUGUCUUACAGCAGCUAAGAUGUUGUGGCGUCCUAGAGGUGGUUAGAAUCUCCCGGUCUGGAUUUCCUACCAGGAUGUCUCAUCAGAAAUUUUCCCGAAGGUAUGGUUUCCUUCUGCUGGAGAGCAUUGCAGCAAAAGAUCCUCUUAGUGUUUCGGUUGCAAUUCUUCAUCAGUUCAACAUCUUGCCAGAGAUGUAUCAAGUCGGCUACACAAAACUGUUUUUCAGAACUGGCCAGAUUGGGGUUCUUGAAGAUACAAGGAAUCGCACUCUUCAUGGGAUCUUACGUCUCCAAAGCUGUUUUAGAGGGCACCAAGCACGGAGUCGUCUAAGAGAGCAUAAAAGAAGAGUUACCGUUCUUCAAUCAUUUGUUCGUGGAGAAAAGGUAAGAAAGGAAUACACAGAGUUACUUCGGAGGCAUAGAGCUUCUGCUGCUAUACAAAGCCAUGUUAAGAGAAGGAUUGCUAAGAGACAGUAUAAAGCCACUGUUGAUGCAUCGGUUGUAAUACAGUCAGCAAUUCGUGGCGAGCUGGUUAGAAGAUGUGCUGGGGAUAUUGCUCUCCGUGAGAAAGAAGAGGAGAACGACAUUCUCCGACAAAGACUGCAGCAGUACGACAACAGGUGGUCUGAAUACGAAACAAAGAUGAAAUCAAUGGAAGAGAUUUGGCAAAAGCAGAUGAGAUCAUUGCAGUCAAGUCUUUCCAUUGCAAAGAAAAGCCUAGAGGUUGAGGACUCGGCUAGAAACUCUGAUGCGUCGGUGAACGCAAGCGACGCAACGGAGUUAUCAGGAAGUGGCGGUGAUUUCAGGACACAUGGGAGGACAAGAAGUGUUGGUGUGGGUUUAAGCGUGAUAAGCCGGUUAGCAGAAGAGUUCGGACAGAGAGCUCAGGUGUUUGGUGAUGACACAAAGUUCUUGAUGGAAGUGAAGUCUGGUCAGGUGGAGGCGAGCUUGGAUCCGGAGAGGGAGCUAAGAAGGUUGAAACAGAUGUUUGACACGUGGAAGAAGGAUUAUGGAGGGAGAUUAAGGGAAACGAAACUGAUACUUGGCAAACUUGGGAGUGGGGAAAGUGGUGGUUCAGCGGAGAGAGUGAAGAUGAAGUGGUGGGGGAGGUUGAAAAGUACCAGGUUUUAAUGGUCUCUUUAUUUCCUUGAGACACACGUCUCUAUUUUUAUUUUACACGUUUGAUGUUAUUCUUCGGUUUUCGUUUUGUUGCUGAGAAGUGAG